AGCUCUCCUUUCAGUUCCAACCGCAAUGGCUGCCACGAGAACCAUUCUCCUCGCCGUGGCCGCGAUGGCCAUCCUGAGCACCGCAUCGGCGGCAAUCUACAAAGUCGGCGAGCCAGGUGGUGCAUGGGACCUCAGCACCAACUACGGCACCUGGGCGUCCUCGAGGAACUUUCACGCCAGCGACCAAAUCAUCUUCAAGUACUCUCCUCAGGCACACGACGUCCUCGAGGUCAGCAAGACCGACUACGACUCCUGGGCGUCCUCGAGGAACUUUCACGCCAGCGACCAAAUCAUCUUCAAGUACUCUCCUCAGGCACACGACGUCCUCGAGGUCAGCAAGACCGACUACGACUCCUGCAGCACCGCCAGCCCCAUCGCCACCCUCAACUCCGGGAAUGAUGUCGUCUCCCUCACCACCACCGGCACCCGCUACUUCAUCUCGGAUAGUUAAGGCCCAUGAGAACUGACGGGAAUAAAAUAACACGGGCAGAAAUUAUUAGUACCACCUCGGAUAGUUAAAAUCUCAAAAGUAUAAUUAAUAAUAUGGGUGGACGGAUGAAAAAAAUGACGAAACGCACCUUGCUUUAUUAGUAGGUACAGAUAUUAGACCCGAGAUAUAUGUUAACAUGUGCUCCACUUAGAUAUGUAAUACUUAACUAAUUACAAGUUCAAUUGUAGCCUACAAAUACAUAUUUUUGAGACAAAUCAAACAAUCAUGCUAAUUAUAUAUCUAAUCUAAGUAUAAACCUCUGCCUGGUACAAGUCAAAGUUAUGCAAGUCUAGCUUAUCAAAUUCUAGAAUGAACAUGUUUCUUGACAAAUGUUGUAUAAGAGAGACAAGAAAAAUCUUUAUUAAAGAA